CUCCGUCCCCUUCGGCACCGGCGUGCAACAACACCCUCUUGCCUUCUCUAACUCUUCCUCAACUCCACCGAUUUGGCAUACUGCCAACAAUCAACAUCAUAUACACUUUCCGGGAUUAGCUUUGCUGCAUACUCCCCGGUUGAUCCACCUGCCGGCCUCCCUUACGGCGGAUUCCGGCCCCAGCGCCUCCCCGAGGAGAUGCCGCCUCCCAACUCGGCAUCACACGGCACCCCAACCCUGUCACCCACCACACUCGCGCCCGAGCCGUUGUCGCGACGAUCGUCGACUCCCGACUCACCCGUCCCUGUGGAGAGCGAUAACGCCCACGACGAGAAUGUGAACUUCCUUCGAUCCCGAUCCUUACUGUACAAUCCGCUACUACCUUCACUCAGUCGACAUCGCCGUCGUCGAUACCAGACUUCGCAUCCCCGACAGAUGGAGGAACCAUCGGCUGACGACCUGAUGGACCUGGACGACCCAAGCAAUCUCCGGUUAUCUGUCGAAAUCAACCGUCGCAUACCUAUCGUCCGACGCCAACGGGAAGAACCCAGAAGUGUGCCCAACUACGAAACUCGCCGGUCAAAUUCGCGCUCCUUGUAUGGAUGGGCCCCUGGGUCAGAUGACGAAGACGAGGAACCCCGCCGCGAAGAGUCGGAUGACGACCAGAUCCAACCUUUCCUCCACGCAGUUCCAGAUCGCAAUACCACAUCAAGUCGAUCUCGCCGACAUGAAUCCACAGCGCACAGCCCACCGAUUGCAGUCGGAGAUGGUCCCACCGAGGGUUCCGAUCGAUGGCUGAAUGGGCCGAUCCCGAUGGAGCUGUUGCAGUCGACAAGGCGACAGCCAAGAUUAGCGAGAACGCGGACACUGGAGAGCUUUCUGUUGGAUCGGUAUGGGGCUCGUUCUAAUGAUGAGUUUGAAGAAACCGAGCGCAUAGGGGGAUCAUCGUCCACAAGAGCCUACCGAUAUCGUCCGCCCAAUAGGGGCGACUCACAUCGACCUCUUACCCACAGCGACCUGCGCGCCCGGGUUGCUGCACACCGGCAACUACAUUCGAGCACUCCUGGCGACUCGGUUCUGAAGGAUACGAUCAACUACCUCGAACGUCUUCGAUAUUCCAAUUCCUUUGAGGAAAGCAUCAGCUCCGCGGCCGCGACGGGCUUCAUCUCAUUGGAGAACUUCUCGUUGAAGGACAGCGACUUCAUUCUGGACAUCAACACCAUUGUGCCACCGGCACCCUCAUCGUGGCUGCGGCCGGGGGUGGUAUUCUCUGGCUGCCAACGGGCUGCGAAUGCGGGAUGUUCUGUACUGUCCCAGCGCGUGCAAAGUCCCCACACCCCCAGCGAGCCAGUGAUCGUCAACGGUAGCGACAGCACCCGCAUCAGUGUAUAUACUUCAACCGGGCGAAGGUAUCUUGCCAAUGCUCGGGAUGAGAACUGGCCGGUCAAGGUCACAAUUCACAGCAUAAACUACACGGACAUGACGUUGUCCGGUACCAUGGAGGCCUACAAUAUUCCUGACAAGUCGUCACCAACCCACGACGCACAUAUCGUGACGUUUCUGGAGGGGGAAAUCAUCGAUUUCAACAAGCACACCCUUGAGACCAAGAACUUCAAGGCGGAUGCGGAUAUCGAUAGUACAUACUGGCGGGAACUGCAGCCAUUCAAGGAUCUGCCCGAUUCUGAAAUUGCCAAGAAUCUCGUGAGCAAGAAAUGGAUUACCGAGCAAUUGAUUCAAGGGUGGAUCCUGAUGAGAUGGAAAGAGCGAUGCUUCAUUACCCCUACCGAUGCGCGUCAGGGUCUUACAAUAUCUGGCUUCUACUAUAUCUCACUCCGCCGUGAAGAUGGCCACAUCGAAGGCUUGUAUUAUGACCCGGGCAGCUCGCCUUACCAGCAGCUGUCUCUGAAACCGGACACGACGAAAAUGGUUCGACCGUCCUACAACUUCCGCUAGGUUGAUGAACCUUUUGCAACAGAUAGGCCACCAUCUGGAUACUUGUUGCCGGUCGGUAUUGGGCAGCAUGGGGCUAUUCAGGCCUUCUUUUGGGACAUAGCUAUGGCAAUCUUACAAACUUUACGCCUCCUUGUGGUGUUUGGGGGAAACACUGCGGGACGAUACUCCUUAUUAUGAUCGACUAUUGGCCUCUUCUUUAUUUUAUUUUGCAUAGCUGGAUGGAGUUGUAUUGUGUAUUCAGUCUACUGACACUGCACAUGUCAUGGAAAGGGUCUUUUCCCGGUCUUGUCUUUCUUGUUCAUUGGAUAAAGACACUGUUUCCUGCAUUUUAUAGCAACUCUUCACAAUUUCAUUGUAUCAAUCAUUCUUGGAUCCGAAA